AUGACAUUUAAGACUAUUGUAGAUUGUGAACCGAAAGGAAAUCCUGGGGAAUCCUCAACGACAGAAGCCGCACCUACACCAAAGAGCCCUCCAGCCCUGGGUCAGCAGUUUCUGCCAGCCCUGAAGGCUGAGAGCAGGCGCCGUGGUUCUCCCGUCUCUGAACUCGGAGCAAAUUUUGACAGGAGAGUUGCCCAAAUGCUCAUAGGUCUAAUUAAUAUGUCUAGCAAGGCUGUCGGUCGGAAGCAGGAGAGGGACUACACGUUCCAGAGCUGCGAGGGGCCCCCAGAUCAGCCCCCCGCUCAGAAGAGACAACGGGCAAGAGUCACUGGGCUCCGUCCGCCCUCCCGACUCGGCAGCGUCCAGGCAGGGCUCCAGCCGGCGGGGUGA